GCGGGUGCAGUGGGAACCCUCGGCUGCGACUUGGAGCUUCCCGGGAAUUUUGUGGCGCCUUGGGGCAAGUUCUAGGGAAGUGCGGAGUCUGAGCUACCUCCAGCACAAACGCCGGGCUCCUGCGGCAGCCGCUGGUCUCAUUCUCCGACGCUGAUCCUCCUGACUCCUUCAUCUUAUGAAAGCCCUCCAAUUCCACUAAAGUCACCUGGAUGAUCCAGGAUAAUCUCCACAUCCAGAACCCUUAAUUUAAUCACAUUUGCAAAGUCCCUACUGCCAGACCUUCCGGAUGGAUGAUAUCAGUGAAGCAAAUGGCACUUUUGCCAUCACCUUACUCAAAAUGUUGGGUGAAAAGGACAAAUCACGGAAUGUAUUCUUCUCCCCUCUGAGCAUCUCCUCUGCCCUGGGCAUGGUCUACCUGGGGGCAAAAGGAAACACCUCAGUCCAGAUGUCCCAGGCUCUCUGUUUGAACAGAGAUGGAGAUGUUCACCAAGGUUUCCAGUCACUUCUCACUCAUGUCAACAAACCUGACACUCAGUAUGUGCUCAGAACUGCCAGCCGACUCUUUGGAGAAAAAACGUGUGAUUUUCUUUCGACCUUCAAGGAAUCCUGUCAGAAGUUCUAUCAGGCAGAGCUGGAGGAGCUGUCCUUUGCUCAAGAUACUGAAGAAUGCAGGAAGCACAUCAAUGACUGGGUGUCAGAGAAGACUGAAGGCAAGAUUUCAGAGUUGCUGGGUCCUGGGACAGUCGAUUCACUGACUAAGUUGGUCCUUGUGAAUGCCAUGUACUUCAAGGGAAAGUGGAAUGAGCAAUUUGACAGGAAGUACACAAGAGGGAUGCCCUUUAAAACCAACCAGGAGCAGAAAACAGUGCAGAUGAUGUUUAAACAAGCCAGAUUUAAUUUGGGGUACGUGGAGGACGUGCACACCCAGGUCCUGGAACUGCCCUAUGCAGAGGAGGAGCUGAGCAUGAUCAUUCUGCUUCCCGAUGACAGCACUGACCUUGCCACGGUGGAAGAAGCGCUUACAUAUGAGAAGUUCAGAGCCUGGACAGAUCCAGAAAACAUGAAAAAAAGUAAAGUUCAAGUUUUCCUUCCCAGAUUAAAGCUGGAGGAGAGCUAUGACUUGGAGUCUUUCCUUCGCGCUUUAGGAAUGACUGACGCAUUUGAGGAAACCAAGGCCGACUUCUCUGGAAUGUCAAAUAGGAAGAACAUACCUGUGUCCAAGGUUGCCCACAAGUGCUUUGUGGAGGUCAACGAGGAAGGCACCGAGGCAGCAGCAGCCACCGCGGUGGUCAGAAAUGCCCGGAGUGUGAGAAUAGAGCCAAGAUUCUGUGCAGACCACCCCUUCCUUUUCUUUAUCAAGCACCAUGAAACCAAGAGCAUCUUGUUCUGUGGCAGGUUUUCUUCUCCGUAAAAAGGCGCAAUUUCUGUACCUGCCCUCCUUUCCCCUCUGCCUGCUUUGCCUGAGUUAAAAUUCCACCUGGCCACAUUGGUGCAGUGGCUUGAAUGCUGAAAUAAAGUGUGUGUGCACCUGGUAGUUUGCAAA